AUGCUUUCCCGUGCACGUUCUUCGAGACUGUGUCAUGGCUGUCGACAAGAUUUCCAGACCUUUUUUGACAAAGGUUUCUGCGGACCGCCGGUCGCAUUGAAGAAUGGCCCGGCGCGCCUGCCCCUGCAAUGGGGAAGACCGGCCGGUCGACAGCACCGCCAACUGAGACACCUCAGCGGAAAUGCUGCCUCCUUUCAGCAGCAGACUUCUUCAAGCCAUCGGAGUGGACAGCCUCAGCCUGAUGACGAACAACUCGGAGAAAAUGUCGAUACAGAACAGCUGCAAGUGCUGCAAGAGUUGGAGACUGCAUUGGGACGGCCGGUCGAAGAAGCCAUCGAGGCAGACCGCGCUGCUAGCACAAGCAUACAAGAUCUCUUCCCGGACAGUCAACUGUAUCAGGAUGAGGAGAUUGACGAUGUCUUGCGAGGGACGAACGACCCCCUGGCUGCUCUGCGUGCGUCUGGGGCAUCACACGAGGAUCUUGUGCGAGAGGCAAGGCAGGUCUAUGGUGAUGGUUUACCCCAGAAUGCACUGGACGAGGAAGAGCUGAAGAUUUACAAACGACUAUAUGGCGAGCCUAGGUCCUUGUCCUUUGAGGAAUUUCUUGACGAGGAGGAAGCCAGCGCGGUGGAGGAGGUCGCGCCUCACCAGCUGAUGGACCAGGACGGCGAGCUCGUUGAUUACGACGCAUCUCCUGCUGUUACAAGGAAGGACGAAGCCGCGGAAGUAGAGGACAUGUCACAAAACGGCACACCCCAGGCUGCGGUGGGCGGGGUUGGUCUUGAGCCGGGCGUCGACGAUAAUUUCUCGCCCUUUGCGCCGCCCGAUGUCCGCGCACAGGAAAUCGCGCGCAUGCUGAACGGCCAAGUCCUCGAAGAGGGUGAUCGGGAAGAGGAAGAUGAAGCUGAUGAGGAGUACGAUGAAGAGGUAGACCCAAGCAUGAGGGAGCACCCUUUCACCCGGCUCGGGAAGUUCGCCACCACUCCCCGCAGCAUCUUCCUCUCCCAAGACAACUUUGUUGAACCCGUGCAGAGGAUCAUGAGCAACUUUUCGAACAAGCAUCUCAAGGAAAUGUGCGAGAAGACCUUUGGUGGACCUGGCUUCCCUGAUUCACCCUUGACACCGCGAUCCGGUCGAUCCAGGCGACAGGUUCCCAUCCCUCUCGGGGCCUCCCAGCACCUCAUGGGAGAAAUGGAAGCGAACGCCUACAUCACCACGAUUAUGCCGCCUACCUACGCAGCCAUCAUGUGUGUUCUAGUAGAGACUCGCAAACGGCUCGGUACCACUUGGUUGAAUAAGCUCCUAGCGAAAGAGGGCGGAGCGCGAGUUCUCGAUGCUGGGGCUGGGGGGGCAGGUAUCCUCGCCUGGCGUGAGAUCGUUCAAGCGCAUUGGGAUAGUCUGCACUCGUCCGACAAAGACCCGGUUCCUCCUCCGCCACCAACGAAGUCGGUAGUCCUCACCGGCUCGGAUACUCUAAGGCAUCGAGCCGCCAAAUUGUUGGAGAAUACCACUUUCAUCCCACGCUUACCUGAUUAUGUGCACACGCGUGACGCACCGACGUUGGAAGACGAUCGACCGGCACAGCAAAGAAAGCAGUUCGAUGUGAUCGUAGCGCCGCAUACUUUGUUCCCGCUACACGAAGAGUACAUGAGGAAGAAUCAUGUGCAAAAUCUCUGGUCCAUGCUUUCCUCGGAAGGUGGCGUGCUGAUAUUGAUUGAGAAAGGCAUCCCCCGAGGGUUUGAGGCGAUCGGUGCUGCUAGAGAAUUGCUCCUGGAGAGACAUAUCGCCAUUCCCGAGGGAGCAACAACAGAGUACAGUUCCCUGCACAAUGAUCCAGACGAUGUUCAUUCUAGAAGCACAGGGAUGAUCGUCGCACCUUGCACUAACCAUGAGAGAUGUCCGAUGUACAAGACUCCAGGCCUCUCCAAGGGGCGGAAGGACUUCUGUUCCUUCCAACAACGGUAUAUCCGGCCGAGUUACCUCCAACGCGCACUCGGCGCCAAAGACCGCAAUCACGAUGAUGUCGACUUCUCCUACAUCUCCGUGAUGAAAGGGGAAGACCUCCGUCAACGACAAGUUCAGUCCUGGUCCAGCCUCGAAGACUCUUUCUCCGCACCUGUUCAUCCCAGCCCCCAGGUCGCCACGGAAGAGUACAAAUCCUGGACAGAACUGUCCGCCAAGGGCUUCGAAGAGGUCCACCCAGAAAGCAACCUCACCAACAUCCAUGCCUUAUUCGCCGACGGCGAUAAACCUCCCUCCACCCUCCCGUCCGCCCAUACGCUGCCUCGUCUCGUCUACGCGCCCAUGAAAAGGCGCGGCCAUGUAAUCCUCGACGUCUGCACACCUCACGGCACCAUCGAACGCUGGACCGUGCCCAGGUCCUUUGGGCGUCAAGCGUACCGUGACGCUAGAAAGUCCCAAUGGGGUGAUCUCUGGGCCCUGGGCGCAAAGACCCGAAUACCCAGAAAUCUACGACUAGGCGGAUUGAACACCAAGGAAGCGAACAAAGCGCGAGGCCGAAACGAAAGAUUGAAGCAGCAAGCGCAGGACUUGUUGGAGAAGAUGCACGAGGAGAAGCUCGACGAGAUGGACGAGAUGCAGGAGAUGGAGAGAGAGUUCAGGGAGGGAAGGUUCUUGGACGAAGGAGAAAGAGCGAAGAAGUCGAGGCCCGGCAAGAUCAAGCGGGAGCACUCGAAUGAAGGAGUCGAAGCCUUCACGAUGGACGAUUUCGACAUGAAUGAGCUGAACCCGCCAUUGAUUUCAAACAAAAAGCAGCCGCAGAGUCAGAACCAGGUCCCUUCACACCUCGGACGACAAGCGUCGAGGCGAACAGAGCCAUCCAUGCCAUCAGCUGCACCAGCAGGGGAAGACGAUCUCACGCCCGAAGAAAUGCAGACUCUCGGCGAGUGGGACGACAUCCUCGCGGGAGGACCGGGCAUUCCCGUCAAGGGCGCCCGAUCCAUGAGGCAGUAUUCCAAGUUCGCACCCAAGGGGAGGAAGAGCGAGACGAGGAAAAGCGGGAAGGUUCGAUAG